AUGCUUGGUUACAUUUAUCUAUCUAUCUAUCUAUCUAUCUGUUCAUAUCUAAUCUCAUUCGUUAUAUCUUGCUAUCAUUCUGUUCAGGUCUGUCUCAUUUGUUAUAUCUAUCUAUCUAUCUAUCUAUCACUUUCUGUUCAUAUCUAUCUCAUUCAUUAUCUUUCUCUCUCUAUCGCUUUCUGUUCAUAUCUAUCUCAUUCAUUAUCUUUCUCUCUCUAUCACUUUCUCUUCAUAUCUAUCUCAUUCAUUAUCUUUCUCUCUCUAUCGCUUUCUGUUCAUAUCUAUCUCAUUCAUUAUCUUUCUCUCUCUAUCACUUUCUGUUCAUAUCUAUCUCAUUCAUUAUCUUUCUCUCUCUAUCACUUUCUGUUCAUAUCUAUCUCAUUCAUUAUCUUUCUCUCUCUAUCACUUUCUCUUCAUAUCUAUCUAAUUCAUUAUCUUUCUCUCUCUAUCACUUUCUGUUCAUAUCUAUCUCAUUCAUUAUCUUUCUCUCUCUAUCACUUUCUGUUCAUAUCUAUCUCAUCUUUCUGUUUAUCAUUCAUUUCUCUCUCUAUCACUUUCUCUUCAUAUCUAUCUAAUUCAUUAUCUUUCUCUCUCUAUCACUUUCUCUUCAUAUCUAUCUCAUUCAUUAUCUUUCUCUCUCUAUCCUUUCUCUUCUAUCAUCUAAUUCAUUAUCUUUCUCAUUCUUCAUAUCUUCUCAUUCUCUUUCUCUCUCUAUCACUUUCUGUUCAUAUCUAUCUAAUUCAUUAUCUUUCUCUCUCUAUCACUUUCUGUUCAUAUCUAUCUCAUUAUUCACUUUUAUCUUUCUCAUUCUAUCUUUCUCUCUUUCUCUUCAUAUCUAUCUAA